CCUUGGUUAUGAUUUCAUGAGAGACCGUACAUCUGACCCUUUUAAAUUAUCUUUCAAUAUUGUUGCGUUUUUUUAGAUUAGUACUUAAAAAAAAAUGUGUCAUUACUUUAAAUGGGGACGUUUUUUGUAGUUUAAACUAGUAUUAGAGAAACUAGGAAUCCCCUGUUUUGGCUUAAUCCUAUUGUGGGUAGUUUAUACGUAUUUUCUCUAGUGAGGUAUGUUAUUGAUGGUGAGACGAUUACAACGAGGCUUUGUGUUAGCGAACUGGAGCUUGUCAGACAUACAAAAAGAGCACAAACAUUUAAUUCCGUCAGGCUGUGAAUAAGCAAACCUUUGUCUACUAACCCAUAAGAUCAGUACUCUGUGUUAGUUAUGCCGAUAUAUAUAUAUAUAUAUUGAAUUAUUAUUAAUUAGCUUCUGUAUCUGGAGAAGACUUAGCUAGCUGGCUUGCUGGCUAACUGGUUAGAAUCCAACCAGUAGCUCAAGCCCCUACCAAGGCUGCUGAUUUGUUUCCUGCUGUGCUGUGAUUCUGGACGAGCGAGACGGGACGAGACCAACAACCCUGUCUUUGGCAGACACUUCUAGCUAGCGAUCUUAGAAAUAGUGUUGCAAAAUGUCACUGAAAAUGUGAAAUAUGAGGACAAAGACACGGGAACUUGUGGUGAGGAUGAUUUCUUCUCUCCUCCCUAUCCCCCUGCUCGGGGUCUUGCUGGCUGUGGCCCCAGGAUGUUUGGCUGGGGACUGUAAGGGCCACAGACAGGUACUUAGAGGCCCCCCUGGGUAUGUCACAGAUGGCCCUGGGAACUACUCUGUUAAUGGGAACUGUGAGUGGCUUAUCAAAGCCCCCAGCAGCAAUUACCGUAUAGUCCUGAACUUCACCUUUAUGGAGACAGAAUGCACCUACGAUUACCUGUUUGUCUAUGAUGGAGACUCAUAUCAGAGCCCCCUACUGGCCAGUUUGAGUGGCACCACCCUUCCGCAGCCCAUAGAAGCGAAGUCUGGCAAGAUGCUGCUUCACCUCUUCAGUGAUGCCAACUACAACCUCCUAGGCUUCAAUGCCACCUACUCAAUAUCUGUGUGCCCUGGGGCCUGUGGUGGCCAUGGGCGGUGUGACACUGCCUCCUCCCUGUGCCAGUGCCACUUGGGCUGGGGAGGAGUGGAUUGCACCACCCCCCUGUGUCCCCAGACAUGCAACCUGCACGGCACUUGUGACAAGAGAGGAGAGCGUUGUCUCUGCAACGCUGACUUCCUUGGCCAGAGCUGUCAGCUAGGUCUUCGUGAUGACAGUGGGGCGGGGCAGUGGUGGCAGGUGAACAGGGGUGACUCCAACACACGACCCCGCACCGGCUCUGCUGGGGUCUACCUGUCCUCUACUGGAGCUAUGUACCUGUUUGGAGGGUUUGACUUGAACCGUGCUCUGGGGGACUUGGUUAAAUACAACUUCAGCUCAAACCAGUGGGAGAACAGAUCCUAUGGACACUCCCCAGUGGCUCGUCACUCCCACACAGCAGUUGAGUGGAAGGGUAACAUGGUUAUAUUUGGAGGGCAGCUUGCCAGUGGUUCUUUAGCCAGCGACGUCUGGAUGUAUCGACCAAUUCAGGAUGACUGGCAGCAGCUUGGCCAAUCACACCUCCCGGGUGCACCUAGACUGGCCAACCAUGCGGCAGCUGUGGUGGACAAUUUUCUCUACAUCUUUGGAGGUCGUACUGAAGAGGACAUGUUCUCCUCAUCGUUGUACCGGUUUAGUCUGUGGGGAUCUGCGGUGUGGGAGGCAGUGCAGCCCACAGGGGGGAAGCCCCCCGCUACAGCAGGCCACUCCAUGGUGUUCCACCCCCCCUCCAGGACCUUGCUGGUCUACGGGGGCCACAGGCCCACCACCGCCAGGUUCAGUGUGCGCGUGAACUCUACAGAUGUAUUCCAUGUAGACCGGAGGUUCUGGACCUCCUUCCGCUCCCGUUUUCCAGCCACCGGCCCCAGGGAGAGAGCCUUCCACUCAGCCACAGUUAUUGGCAACUACAUGGUGGUCUAUGGGGGGAAUGUGCACAUACACUACCAGGAGGAGAAGUGUUAUGAUGAGGAUAUCUUCUUCUAUCACCUGGGUUGUCACCAGUGGGUGUCUGCUGGGGAGAGCCUUCAACACCGAGGGGAGGCCGUGAGAGGGCGAUAUUCCCAUGUGGCUGCUGUAAUGGAGGGCAGGGUGUUGCUGGUUGCUGGGGGUUACAGUGGUGUUGCCCGUGGAGAUCUGGUGGCAUAUAAAGUUCCGCUGUUUGUCAGCAGCGACCCAGGAGACCGGGACGCUUUGUGUGCUGAGGCCCCUGAUGAAAGCGCCUGUCUGAAAAACCCAGAAUGCAGCUGGUGUGAGGGCCGCUGUCGGGAGUAUCAACCCACCAACCCGUGUGGCAGCACUGGGUGCCUGGGUCUGGCCCGUUUCCUGUCCGACUGCCAGUCCUGCCUGGUGUUUAGUGGGGCUCCAGGCUCCCUGCCUCGAGCCCAAGGGGACUUUGGCUGGUGUGUCCAGAACGAGUCCUGCCUACCUGUGUCAGACCAAACCGCGUGCCGCGUGGACCAGAUCUCAGGGGCGUACGGCUGGUGGGGGGAGCGUACGCGUUUCCUCGUCUCCCUCCUUAACUGUCGCACAGAGAACUAUGUACCGGGACUACACCUGCUGACCUUCCAGCACCCCCGCAAUGACUCCCAGCCUGACAAGGUGUCUAUCCUGCGCAGCACCUCCAUCAUCCUUAGCCCCACCACAGAGAUGGAUGUCACCCUGCAAUUCCGGGGCUUCAUCCACCCCCUGUGGGGUGCCCCACCACCUGCUCCCCCUCCAACCGAGACCGUUUCGAUGUGGGCCCGCAUACAAAGGCUCCACUUUGAGGCCCGCAUGGCUGCUGGACCCAACUCCCUGCAACUGAAGGAGGUAGUGGGCCGCUGGGCUGCACAUCAGGAAAAGGAGACAAAGCUGCUCUCCCGUCCUGAGGGUGGGCGUCUGUUCCCCAACCUGACCCGUGGGAACCGCUACCUGGUCCAGGCCGAGGGCUACCUCAACAACUCAGGCUCUGGACAGACUAGUGAGAUGGCGUUGACGUGGAACAGAACUGCGUUGCCAGGGGGAAGUGAGAUUUCGUUCUUGUUCUUGGAGCCCUACCGUUCUGGUUCCUGCUCGGGUUACCAGUCCUGUCUGGCCUGUCUGUCUGACCAGUCCUGUGGCUGGUGCCCUUCUCUGGGCCGUUGUCUUUUCCGUGCCCUUCCCGACCUAGAGCCCUGCCCGGAUGAACAUGGAGUAGGGGAGCGCCACCUUCUGUUGGCCCCACAACACUGCACCCUCUGUGAGGAGUACAGGGACUGCUCCACCUGUGCUCAGGACCCCUACUGCGAAUGGCAGAUCAACUCCAGCAAGAAGGGGGACUACCAGUGCAGCCGGCGGGGUAGACUGGAUGGAUCCAUUCGCCACCCAGGAGGCUGUCCUAAAGUCUGCAACCAGAGGAGGACGUGUGGGGAGUGUCUGUCUAACUCCAGCCAGUGUGCGUGGUGUGAGUCAGCCCAGGCCUGCUUCUACUUUGCUGCCUACCUCACCAAGUACCCCUAUGGAGAGUGCAGGGACUGGUAUGACAGUGUCCACUCUGUACCCCAGUGUAAGCAGUGCUCUGCUCUGGCCAGCUGCACCGACUGCCUCCAGACAUUCCAGUGCGGCUGGUGUGGCGACUACAACAACCCCACCAUCGGCAAGUGUCUCAGAGGAGACUGGGCUGGGAUGGAUGAUCCCUCUGUGAAUAACUGCAGUGUGGCUGUGGCUGAAGUGCGGGCCACUAGCCCUGAGCCCCAAACCUCUGCCCCCCCACGGCCCAUGGAGAUGGAGCUGGAGCUGGAGCACCUAGAUGAGGGGGAGAGGGAUGCGGUCUGGUCCUACCCCACCUGUCCUGAUGUGGAGGAGUGUAGGUUGGGCCUCCACACCUGCCACCCUUUCGCCACUUGUGUGAACACCCCCACCUCCUACGAGUGCCACUGCGAGAGGGGCUACACUGGAGACGGCACGCUGCACUGCAACCAGACUUGUUACAAUGAGUGUCGCGAGGGGCAGUGCAGCGGUAGCCCGCGGUUCGAGUGUGAGUGUUCCCUUGGCUGGACAUCUGACCCAGCCACCCUGGUCCUGAGUGGAGUGGAGUGUGAUGUCGACUGUGGCUGUAACUUCCAUAGCAGCUGUAUCACCGCUCCCGGCAUCUGUGACCACUGCCAGGAUUGGACGAUUGGCCCACAGUGUGAGCACUGUCGGCCAGGGAGUUUUGGCUCUGCGCUGGCUGGUGGUGGGGGCUGUGUGCCCUGCCAGUGUAAUGGCCACGGAGACCCACUCCAGGGCUACUGCCACAACCAGACAGGCCAGUGCUACUGUACACACCACACCCAGGGUCCACACUGUGAGUCCUGCCUGCCUGGAUACUACGGAGAUCCCAGAAAUAAUGGCACCUGUUUCCGUCAGUGUCAGGGGCGCUCUGUGAUCCUGUCCCACCAGUCACCCCUCUCUGAGCUGCCCGUCUCGUCCUCCCUGGGCUGGAAAGGGGGUGUGAGUGGUAAGGGGGGUCUCCCUUACUGUCUGUGGGUGCUGUCUGUGUCUGAAGACCUGGCGCCCUGUGUACCGGGAAAGCUGUGCCCUCCCGUGGCUUUCAGUCUGCACCCCGACUCCCACACUCAGUGUACAAGCUCCUACGUAUACGUUUUUGACGGCCUGCCCCGUUUCCUGAGCAACGGUGUUGUGCACCUGGACCACAACCUGAUAGGUGCAUUCUGUGGAACAACCCGGAGUCAGCCAAUCACUGUUGAGGCCACGUCAGGUGUGAUCUCGGUCUACUUUGAAGCCAACGUCUCGUACGAACGGCCUCAAGGUUUCAACGCUUCCUUCUGGGUGCGCCGCUGUAGCCAGGGCUCUGAGGCAGGCGAGGAUGGGUCGCCUGUGUGCCAAGCAGGGGCGCAGUGCUCCAAGGGGCUGUGCCAGUGUCCUCAGGGGUACGGGGGACCCUACUGCGACAGGCACGUCUGUCCCGAGGACUGUGGACUAGCAGAGGGCAGGGGCUCCUGCAACAUUUCUUUGGGAGUGUGUGUGUGCGCAGAUGGUUGGGGUGGCUCUGACUGCUCCACUCCCCUCGACUCUGGCAGCAUAGUGUGGGAAACCCUACUGGACACACAGCUCACAGCAAGCCAGGCCCAUAGGUUCCUUCACCGGAUGGGCCACUCUCUUGUGUCCGGGCCCCAGGGGACUCUCUGGAUGUAUGGAGGACUGUCUCUUUCAGACGGGAUCCUCAAAGACGUCUACAGGUACUCUGUGUCAGAACGACGCUGGACUCAGAUGCUGACCAGCCCAGGGGAGGAGGGCUCCACCCCCAGUCCCCGCUACUACCACUCCUCUGCCCUGCUGGCCAGUCACGAUCCUCUCUCUGGCGUCCAGGGAACCACUCACAACCUUAUGUUGGUGGUAGGCGGGGUCACGCAGACUGGUGUUGCCAUGGAUACAUGGAGCCUUAACCUUAGUAGUCUGGUGUGGAAAGAGUACAAGAGCUCAGUGCUGCCCCCGCUAGCAGGUCACACUCUAACAGUACGUCGGGAGACCUCUGUGCUGCUCAUUGGAGGGUAUUCUCCAGAGAACGGCUUUAACCACCACCUGUUGGAAUUCAGCGUUCACUCUGGCAACUGGACCGUCGCCCCCCACACCGGCACUCCUCCUACAGGUCUGUAUGGCCACUCCGCUGUGUACCACGAGCAGACAGACGCUGUGUACGUGUUCGGAGGCUAUCGCUUUCAUGUGGAGACAGUGGAGCCCUCAGGGGAGCUCUACAGCCUCUACUACCCCAACCUGACCUGGUCUCUGCUGGUCCCCUCACAGGGCACAAAGCCCCUUUCUCGUUUCUUCCACGCUGCAGCCUUGAUGAAGGACACCAUGGUGAUUGUGGGAGGGAGGACGGGAGAGGAGGACUACAGUAACACAGUGUCUCUCUACCAGAUCAACUGUAACACCUGGAUACAGCCUGAACCAGCAGUAGGUGAGCCUAUAAACCGUUCAGUGUCACUGGCCAUGACAGGCUUGGGCGGACGACUGUUCCUCACUGGGGGAUUCAACGGGGUCACCCUGGGUCGUCUUGUCACCCUGACGCUGCCCUCUGACCCCUGUGCCCUGCAUUCCACGCCUGAGGCCUGCAACACCACCAUGGGCAGCUGUGUCUGGUGCAGAGCCACCUGUACCUCCUCUGAUACCGCGGAGAGACUGGGCUGUGCCAUCAGUCAGUCCCCCUGCUCCCCCACCCCUCGUCUACCAGACCAGUGUCGCAGGCUGAAAACCUGCAGUGAGUGUCUGGCACGCCACCCCAGAACCUUCUCUGGCCCCACACAGUCGGCUCUGCAGUGUAAGUGGUGCACCAACUGUCCAGAGGGGGCCUGCAUCAGUACCACGGUCAGCUGCACCACAGAACAUGACUGCAGGAUCAACCAGAGAGAGAUAUUUCUGUCCAGCAACUGUACCGAGACCAGCUGUGAGGCCUCAGACUGCCCCAAGUGCACUGCCUCAGGAAAGUGCAUGUGGACACGCCAGUUCAAACGCACAGGAGAGACCAGGCGCAUCCUGAGCGUGAACCCCACCUACGACUGGACCUGCUUCAGCUACGCUCUCCUCAACGUGUCUCCCAUGCAGGUGGAGUCGUCCCCCCCGCUGCCCUGCCCUCCCCCGUGCCACAGCCUCGGGACAUGCAGCCUCUGUCUGGGGUCGCGGGGCUCGGAUGGGGGCUGGCAACGCUGUGUGUGGAGCAUGGUGCUCCAGCAGUGCAUGAGUCCGUCCUUCCUGCCCCUGCGUUGUGAAGCGGGACAGUGUGGUCGUCUGUUGUCUGGAUGGGACUCCUGCUCCCCCCAAUGCUCCCAGCUCUCCCAGUGCUCUCAGUGCAUCGCCCGGCCCCAGUGUGGCUGGUGUGCUGUCCGCGGGGGCAACGGUGCCGGGCGCUGCCAGCAGGGAGGCCUUGACGGUGUGAGUGAGGGAGUGUGCCCCCGGGGGAACAGCAGCUGGUCGUUCCUCCACUGCCCAGAGGAGGAUGAGUGUGCCAAUGGCCACCAUCACUGUAACAGCACCCAGGACUGCCACGACCUGACCCAAGGAUACCACUGCAUUUGCAAGCAGGGCUAUGUUCUCAGCAGUGUGUCAGGCCAGUGUGAGCCGGUGUGUGCCCAGGGCUGUGUGAACGGAACGUGUGUCUCACCUGGAGUGUGUCAGUGUCACUUUGGCUUUGUGGGGGAGAACUGCUCGUCUCAGUGUCGCUGUAACAAACACAGCAACUGUAAAGGUGUGACUGAACCUGACAAGUGUCUGGAAUGUAAAAACAACACUAUGGGGGAUCACUGUGAGAAAUGUAAGCCCCUGUUUGUGGGGUCGGCUUUGGGAGGGGGGACGUGCCGCCCCUGUCGAGAGUUCUGCAGGGGGAACAGUGCCGUGUGUCUCUCCCGGAACGAACACAAGAGGGCGUUAGACCACCCCCAUGACCACCCUCUGGAUCCAGACAGCAUUGUGCGGUGGGUGUCAGAGGGCCCUCCAGAGGACUCGGCAGUAUGUGUGAACUGCCAGAACAACAGCGUGGGGGACAAGUGUGAGAGCUGCCUUAGCGGCUACUUCCUGCUGCAGGGGAAGUGUGACAAGUGCCAGUGUAAUGGCCAUGCAGACACGUGCAAUGAACAUGACGGCACAGGCUGCCCCUGUCAAAACAACACAGAGACAUCAUCCUGCCUUAGCAGCCCGCAAAACGACAGGAAGGAUUGUUACCGAACACAGUGCGCCAAAUGUAAAGACUCCUUCAACGGCACGCCGGUCAAUGGACGGCAGUGUUACCGACAGUUCAAUGUGGACAACGAGUGCUGCUUCGACCCCACUUCCCAAACCAACUGCUUCCACGACCCCACCAUCCGCAACCUGCCCAAGGGACGCACGGUCUUCUUUGCCGCCCAGCCUAAGUUCACCAACGUGGACAUCCGGGUCACUAUUGACGUGACCUUUGGAGAGGUGGAAGUGUACGUUUCCAACUCUCACGACACCUUCAUCGUGGAGGUCGACCGCCACACGGGCAUCCACAGCAUCAAGAUUGAGGAUGAGUCGGCAGCCCGAGGCGGGUCGAGUGGGGGGGAUAAGGAGCCACCUCUGUCACCAAUGAAGGUGUAUGCCAACUCGUCGUCAUCCCCGGGAGGGCCCAUGCUCCCCAACACCCCCCAGCAGCUCCAAGCUAAACAGGCGAUGGACAGAGAGGUGCGGGAGGAGACUGCGGAGGGGCUCAUUUCCUACAUCACAGUGUGGAAGCCCCAGACGGUGCUGGUUGUCCGGGGGGUCCGGGACCGUGUUGUGAUCACCUUUCCACACGAGGUCCACUCCCUGAAGUCCAGCCGCUUUUACAUCGCCCUACGGGGGGUUGGCACCGAGGACCGGCAGGGGGAGUCCCAGGGCCUGCUCUUCCUCCGCCAGGACCAAGCCCACAUCGACCUCUUUGUCUUCUUCUCUGUGUUUUUCUCUUGCUUUUUCCUCUUCCUCUCCGUCUGUGUCCUUCUCUGGAAGAUUAAGCAGUUCAUGGACUUCCGCAGAGAGCAGCGGCGCCACAUCCAGGAGAUGACCAAGAUGGCGUCCAGGCCCUUCGCCAAGCUCACUGUCUAUUUGGAGCCUGAGGAGCCUCAGCUGAUCUACUUGCCCGCUCCAGGGGGCGUCGGGGUGGGGGGCAGCGCCGUAGCCCUGGCCCGCACAGGCAAGCUCAGCGCUGUGGUAGUGGGCCAGAGGGGGCGAGCAGGAGCGAUGUCCUACAAACACGACCCGGGCUCCGGGCCCAACGCCGACCCCCACCACCACCACCACCUCACCCUGGGCGGAGGAGGAAACAGCGGGCAGCACUUGCCCCUGCAUUACCUCAACACCCACCACUAUGCUCCCACCACCACCACCACCCCGGCCUCGCACCACCACCACCACCCAUCAUCCCACAGCGGCUACCAGCACUUCUGUCGCUCCGACCCCUUCCUGUCCCAGCUCAUGGGCUUUUCCUACUCCACCUUUAAGGUGGGGCCCAUCACACUGGAGCCCACAGACGAUGGAAUGGCGGGCGUGGCCACCGUCCUCAUUCAGCUGCCGGGGGGCAUCUUGGCCCCUAACCGCGCCUGUCUGGGGUCGGCCCUGGUCACCCUGCGGCAGAACCUCCAGGAGUACUGUGGUCAUGGGAACGGAGGUGGACAUCCCGGUGCGGGUGGUGGUCGUAAAGGCCUGCUGGGGCAUCAGCACCUCACCACUAUGGCCAUGUAGAGACAGAGAAUCAUGGUAGAGUAUAAGAGAUGGGGAGUUUAAUUGGAAAGACCAGAAGGAGAGAGUCAUGUCAGAGCCAGUCGGAGUUAGAAUGAUCGUACCUGUAUAUACACUGUAAAUAUUGAGUCUCUUUGUUUUCAAUUAUGUAUCACUAUAUUUCAAAUGCUUUACAUGACCAAGCCAGCUAUCUCUAGAAUGCACUACAGCAAUUACACGCAAUAUCAGCUUCAGUUGUAUACUACUUGUGCCCUAUAUCAAGGUAUGAGUGCAGUCGACAUCCAGAUCAGAGAGACAUUUGCUGGACUGUCGUGUUUGGAAUGAUCAAUGAAAGUAGGAGUGAUACCUCCUGGGAUUGGAACCAACAUGUGCUUUAUACCCCAAAUACAGACAAUCAAACAUUGCCAUUGAGAAGAAGAGACAGAAAGUUCUGUCUGCCUGAAUGUGUUAAUUUUACUUAUCAGAAUAGGGAAAAAUUGUGAUUCUUGUUUGUGAGAUGGUUUUUAUGUCAUGGUAGUAUUGAUGAGUGAUAUUAAUUGUUAUUUAAGCUAAUUGUCAAUGUUUCUAAACUCAAAGCUUGAAGUAUAUAUAUAUAUUUUGCAUAUUCAAUCACAACCCCUGUUAUGUGGUUCUUUAUCAUUUUGUAUUUUUAAUUUUUUUUGUUUCCCCUACACCAAACACUCUUGUUUUGUAUUGUUUCCUAUUUUGAGGCUUAUGGACCACAUAUUAAGCAAAGCAACACAUUUGACAUAUUUCAAGUAUAUACAGUACCAGUCAAAAGAUUAGACACAUACUCGUUCAAGGGUAUUUCCUUUGCCUUUACCGUUAAAUGACCGUUAAAUGUCCAAACCUUUGACUGGUUUUGUUACAAAUGAAGUUACAAAUGGUUUUGUUACAAAUGAAGGAUUGAAUUGUUUGAAUUGUUUAUGUCAUGCUCAUGCCCCUGUAGCCAUUUUAUGGGAUAACAAAAACACUAAUGCUUUUCUAUGAAACUGAUCACAAUAAUGGAGUCUUAUUAUGUAUUGUUUGUUUCUAAGCCUUUUAUUUUUGCUAUUUGAUAUUUACCGUAUGUUAACUUGUUUGGCAUUUUGCUGGACUGUGUUUAUUGGCUCUCUUGAUUGGAUGAUUGUGUCAGCCAAUGAGAGCUAUGAUAUAACUUUAUUAGCAUUUUUGAAUGGUCUUGUGACCAAUAGAACAAGGAAAAAAGUAACAGUAUGCGGAACAAAAAAUUGUUUGAAUAUGAUUUCAGGUAAUUGAGACCAAGAAAAGGAGGAAAUAUGUGCAAAGCCACAUCAUUUUGGUCAGUGAUCAUAUGAAAGAAUAUGUAUAUUUAAUUAAAAUAUUAGUGAAAAUGUUUUGCUUCCCCAUAAUGACCCAGAAUCUUCGAAUUUGCUGUCCAUUCUUAAGGUGCCAGUCUGGACCCGCCUUACACUACAAAUUGAUUCAAUAUUCAGAGAAUUGUCUGUUACAUGUCUAAACUGGAACAAAACUGCUUUCUUUUUAGCAGCACAGCAUCCAGUUUAUGACAAUUUAAACUUUUUCAGGUACCCUCCAGUCAGUUUUCAGGCAUUAUUAAGUUACGGUUGGGCUUCAUUGUUCUGGUGUUAUUUUGCAGUUGUUUGUUUUUGAGAGAUUUUCAAUUUAUUUUGUUGUAUUUUAAAGAAGGGAACAGUUAUGUACAGAAGAUUGUUGUCUGCCUCUACUUUCGGUUGUAAACAAUACAGGCCUGAAUUAAAAGAGAACCUAAAUAAAUGAGUGGAGGAAAAUAAUGAGUGCAGAUGCUUCCAUACAGGUUUACUCAAUAAUACAAAUAGGCAGUAAACAUCCUAUCAUGCUCUGUGGCGUGUAUAACAAUGCGGAGCAGGCCCAGUUGACCUGGAGUUUGGAUCCAGACGGCACGAGGAAAGGAUCUAAGGGACUUUGAAAAAAGGGUUCAUUAUUGGGGCACGGAUGGCAGGAGCUUCAGACAAAGACUGGCUUGUGUUUCAGUAGGAACAUCUGCAUUUAGAUGUAUGGGAAAGACAUCAGUUAAAAUGGACGGAAAUUGUAGUCAAAAGUGCCCAUUGGAUGAAUGUCAUGCUUGUGUUUGUCCUGUUAGAGGAAAGGGUCACAAAGUCAUUACAAAGUUAUUUUGAGUGAACACCUAUGAUGAAACAUUGCUAUCCUGAUGGGAGUGGUCUCUGCAGGCUGGUCUCUACCAUUGUGAAUGGUAAUCUCUGUGCAAACAUUGUCUUUAAACACUGCAAUGCCAAUAACUACUUUUGGAUUUAAUCCAGGUCAAAGUCUGAAAAUAUCUGGUGUUUCUUCUUGGGCAUGUUUUCUAUUAAUUAGAUCUGAAUGACAAAGAAUGGAGUUUUAACAUUUGGUAAAAUUCUAAAUCCUCUGUACUUUCUUCCAUGACCCAGAAAAGUGACCGAAUGGCCAAGGAGAUGUCAGUGUGUUAGUAGAUUAGUGGAAGAGUGUUCUCCACUCAAAGGACAAUUUCCCUCAAUAACGCUUGUGUAUCCCACCAGCAAGAGUUCUUAAUCAGCCACACUUCACAGCUUCUGUUUUGUCAGAGGUGAAAGCAUGCACACAUUUAAAAACAUGUUACUAAUAAAAAGUCUUGCACAACUAAA